AGGUUGAUGGAGAACUACACCUACAACAGCUACACCCUCCAACUGGAGGGGCUGAAGGUUACAGAAGAGUCUACAUACCCUGUCUUCCUCUUUUUCUUUUUCUCCUACCUGUUGAUAAUGAUGGCAAAUUUUGGUAUUGUAGUUCUGGUUUUCAUUGAUAAAAACCUCCACCAGCCCAUGUAUCUGCUGUUUUGCAACCUGCCCUUAAAUGAUGUGCUUGGAAACUCUAUCAUGGUGCCUCGAUUGCUUUUAGACUUGUUGCGUCCUCCCUCUGAGCGCCUCAUCAGUUAUUAUGAAUGUGUGGUCCAAGCUUUUACAACACAUGUAUUUGGGACCACUUCCCACACAGUGCUCAUGAUCAUGGCCUUUGACAGAUAUGUUGCCAUCUGCGAUCCCCUGCGCUAUGCUGCCAUAAUGACCAACCAAAUGGUGGUGAAGCUGACAGUCUUGGCCUGGGGGGCUUCCAUUGUGUUGAUUGGAGUUCUUCUCGGUCUGACCAUACGGCUAAACCGAUGUAGGACUCUGAUCACAAACCCUUUCUGUGACAAUGCCUCUUUGUUCAAACUCUCCUGCGAGGAUGUGUCUAUUAAUAACAUCUAUGGCCUUGUUUUCACUGUAGUUCUGUUCUCAGGAUCUAUAGGCAGCAUGGUUCUCACCUACACUAAGAUUACAGUAGUGUGUCUGAUGAGUAACAGCAAGUCUCUGAACAGUAAAGCCUUAAAAACUUGCAGCACUCAUCUCUUUACAUAUCUAAUUAUGUUGUCUUGUGGACUGCUGAUCAUUGUCCUGCAUCGCUUCCCUCAGUAUUCAGACUACAGAAAAAUGGCCGCUAUUUUGUUCCACAUCAUCCCCGGCUUCCUCAACCCCAUUAUUUAUGGCGUGCAGUCUAAAGAGAUUUGGAAAUUCCUGUCACAAUCAUUCCAGUUCAAAAAGGUUUUGCCGUUCAAAAGUUAG